AACCAUUCUCCUCCUCAUAAUCAAACUCUUAUCUUUCAAUCGCUGCUGCUUUUUAUGCCUCCCCCAAAUUUCAUCUCAAUCUAAAUCCUCAAACUUAUCGAUCCCAUACCUUUCUUUCGCUUUUUGUUGCACCCAUCUUUAUAUAAGAAUACCCGCUCAAUUUCGGAGGGAAUAAGCAUAAAAAACUUGGGUUUUGUUUUUACAACAAAUCUGGCUGUAAAGAGGCAAUUGUCUCUAACGCAUGUCAAAAACUGGGAUCCAAUAGGACCCGAAGGACUUGUUUCAGUCUGGCCGCUACAACAAAUUUAAACCGUUCUCGCACCACUAGACAGGUGUGGGGUAAUCGUAAUGAAGGAGUGAUUCUACUUUGUGUGUUGAGAAGAUCAAGAUCAUCUCACAUCUGGAGACUGCGUCGUGUUUCAGUUGGCUUGUCAUUUGAUUACGGCUAAGACCACCGUUCUCUAAUCAACACCCACAAGUUCUUAUUGAGCUAGAUGUUUGUUUCAAUCUUUUCAAUCUUCUAGAUGUAGUUGAUCACUGACUUCGUUGUCAUUACAUUUGAAAGUCAGCACAACGUGAGUCAACUCAGCGGGUUUGAGUUUGACUAAGAUGUUUAGGUUCUCGUGCUUCCAUUCAUCCGCUCAUUCUCAGAAACCAAAGAAAACCGUCCAUUUACCUACUGAGGCAAUGCAAAAAACAUUGGAAGAUCACCACACACAUCAACCUAGGAAAGAUUCCAUCUUUUUGAAAGAAGUUCCUGAAGGCGAAAAUACUGAUCCAUCUCAAUCUUCUAUGGUUCAAGAUUGGAAUUCUGAAGGACCCAAAAGCAAGAACGACAUUGAUAGUGAAGAUGACCACGAAAUCCGAAGAAUUAGGAAGAGCGUGUCUCUAGGAAGCGGCUUAGCGCACUAUCAGGAAAUUGCACCUGGUGAGGAAUCGUCUACUUCUAACGGUACUAAUGCUAAUCAUAGUGAGUCGGGAGUUCAAGUUGAUGAAAAAGAUGAGUACCUGAAUGCUCAGGCUUCAGCCUCUCUUCAAAUAAGUUCGAAUCUGGUUAAUCACGCAUCAGAAUUUUCACCUGAUUACUUGCAACAAUCUGAGAAGGAAGUUGGUGAAAACUCCGAGACUCAAUUUUCUGGUGCAGGUACUGGUGGUUCUAGCAGCCGUGCACCAUGCACUCCCCACGCCAUUGUGAAAUCAAGCUCUUUGCCGUUUUUGCAUUUGGCUCAUGGCAAUAUUGUCCAUCAUUCCCGAUCUUCUGAGGAUUUGACGGCGUUAGGUUUGAGACGGAAUGAUAAAUCCGUUGAUAAUGACGAUAUCGGUAAAACUUCACCAGAGCAAGAAAUGGAAAACGAUAGUGUAGGCCAGAUUGAAAAAACGGAUGGUGAUGAUGGUGAAGAUGCUUAUGAUUAUGUGGGUUUGGCAAAAGAUUGGAUCGUGCCUGCUGUCGAUGAACUGGGCAACGGUAAAGACCUGAAAAAAGAUUCUUCAGUUUCUCAGUGGGAGGAAUUGCCUCAUGAGGAUUUCAGGAUCAAACGGAUUGAGAAAUGGGUUAUGGAUCUCCGGCGUUGUUCUUCAUUGGAAGAAACCAAUAUUCCUACGAACCUUGAUUAUGGGCAAAAUGUUAAAAGCACCAUCUUGGAUCCUGUGGCAUCUUCAAAAAAUGACGAUAAGGCUGUUUUGGGCAUGGAUGCUGCAAAAAGAUACAUUUCUUCUCUGAGUACUUCAGCCACAGCAGCGCAGCUUACAAACCAUGGGUUGGUUGUGAUCCCAUUUUUGAGUGCUUUCUCGAGCCUCAGGGCGCUUAAUUUGUCGGGGAAUUCAAUAGUGAGGAUAACUGCGGGUGCGCUUCCUCGAGGACUCCAUAUUCUAAAUUUGUCGAAGAACAGUAUCUCCAUCAUUGAAGGGCUUCGAGAACUCACGAGACUACGCGUACUUGAUCUUAGCUACAAUCGAAUUCUCAGAAUCGGGCAUGGUCUGGCGUCGUGUUCUUCGUUGAAAGAGCUGUACUUGGCCGGGAACAAGAUAAGCGAGGUGGAGGGUCUCCAUCGUCUCCUAAAACUGAACGUUUUGGAUCUUCGUUUCAACAAACUGUCGACAACGAAGAGCCUAGGCCAGCUUGCGGCUAAUUACAACUCCUUACAAGCCAUCAGCCUGGAGGGAAAUCCUGCCCAGAAAAACAUAGGAGAUGAACAGCUCAAGAAGUUCCUCCUUGGUCUUCUUCCUCAUCUUUCUUAUUUCAACAGGCAAUCAAUCAAAUCUGGUGCCGUGAAAGACUCAGCUGACCGAGCUGCCCGACUCGGCAUUUCUGCACAUCAAAUUGACCGUGGGCUAAGGUCAGAAACCAAAAAGUCAGCACAUGGUCGGAAAAGUCAACCGGUGGCGGCUCGGGGACGGCAUGUGCGGCUACCACCAAGUGGGGUUAAACCGACGAGCGAUAGGCAUCACUUGCGUGAUGUGAGUCCCAACCUUUUGAGCUUCAGGCCGGAUCUUGCGAUGCGAAGAACUCACAGUGAAGGUUUGCUGAGGGCUGUUUGAGUUGGAGAAUAAGGAAAGGUUUGAUUUGUGGGUGUUUUUGGUUUGUUUUGGAUUUGGGAUUUGGCUUGUUUUAUUGUGACAUUAUCAUUUUGAUUGGUGUUAGUUUGGAACAUAUUUGUUGUGCUAUGGGUCUGAACUUUGUUUAUUUAUUUGAUAUUUGAUACAUUUGGUUGGAA